GUUGCCCAGCAACUUGUGCCUUGCGCGCUCGCCCGGCCUUGCGCCCCGCUCCGAGCUCUGACGCGCGUGUGACGUUAAUGAGGUGGCUAUCAAUUUGUUAUGGCAGGACGGGGAAGAGGUGGAGUUCCCUCAUCAGGCGAUUCAGCCUGUAGCCCUUUCCUGCAUACCAGCGGAUCGCAGUAGCGAGUGCUGAAGCUUUGGUGGCCAGAAGUGUCAUCCCUGUAAAUAGUCCUGUUUGUAAUCUACGGUUCACGCGGACAGAGUCUCUGUACAUAUGCCGCUAUAAGUAAUACUGGAGUGGAUAAACUUGUCUAGUUUUUAUACUUUUAUUCGGAGCGCUUAUAUUAACGUGGAAUGACGUGUAAAUCCGCGGUUGUGAAUCUUUUCGAUUGUGGAAGGAGGUGGAAUUCGUUACUGUGUUAAGGUACGGCAUAAGCUACCUUAAUCAAAACGACAGAAAUUCCCGCAGCAAUAUAAAAACACAGUCUAGCACCAUGGUGAUCAUGACAGAGAGCGGUCCGGGGUCUCAGCCCAAUCCCUCGCAAGGCAGGCCCCUCCAGGUCGGUUUCUAUGAAAUCAUCCGCACUCUGGGCAAAGGAAACUUCGCCGUUGUCAAGCUGGCAAGACACAAAGUCACCAAAACACAGGUCGCUAUCAAAAUUAUUGAUAAGACCCGGCUCAACUCCACAAACCUGGAGAAAAUCUACCGGGAGGUGCAGAUAAUGAAGCUUCUCAAUCACCCUCAUAUCAUCAAGCUCUACCAGGUUAUGGAGACGAAAGACAUGCUGUACAUUGUCACCGAAUAUGCGAAAAAUGGCGAGAUGUUUGACUACCUGACAACCAACGGUCGCCUGAGUGAGGAGGAGGCCCGCAAGAAGUUCUGGCAGAUUCUGACCGCGGUGGACUACUGCCACCGCCACCACAUCGUCCACCGCGACCUCAAGACAGAGAACCUGCUUCUUGACGCCAACAUGAACAUUAAGCUGGCAGACUUUGGUUUUGGGAACUUCUACAACGCAGGAGAGCCUUUGUCCACGUGGUGCGGUAGCCCCCCCUACGCCGCUCCCGAAGUCUUUGAGGGAAAGGAAUACGAAGGCCCACAGCUGGACAUCUGGAGCCUGGGCGUGGUUCUCUACGUUCUGGUCUGCGGUUCUCUGCCCUUCGACGGGGCCAGUCUGCCUGCCCUGAGACAGCGUGUGACGGAGGGCCGCUUCCGCAUCCCCUACUUCAUGUCUCAAGACUGCGAGAACCUGAUCCGUAAGAUGCUGGUGGUGGACCCUGCCAAGCGGAUCACGGUGGCCCAGAUCAAGCAGCACCGCUGGAUGCUGGCCGACCCCACCGCCCCCCACCAGGCGCUCUCGCUGUCCCUCACCGACUACAACUCCAACCUGGGCGACUACAGCGAGCCCGUGCUGGGCAUCAUGCAGACCCUGGGCAUCGACCGGCAGAGGACCGUGGAGUCUCUCCAGAGCAGCAGCUACAACCACUUCUCCGCCAUCUACUACCUGCUGCUGGAGCGCGUCAAGGAGCACCGCAGUCAGCAGCUCAGCCGCCAGCAGUGCGGCGCCUGGAGCCAGAGACCCCGCAGCACGUCCGACUCCUCCGCCGCCCCCGAGGUCAUCAUGGAAUCCGCCGACGGAUUCCGCUCCGCCGCAGCUGCCUUCCCGCUCCAGGCCAAGAAGAGCGCGCCCGUGCACGCCGACAUGGAGUGCGACCAGAGCGGCUUGUUCCAGCGCGUGGUGUGCCCCGUGGAGGCCAGCCUGAGCGGCCUGCUGUGGAACCGCUCCAUCUCGCCCAACAGCCUGCUGGAGACCACCAUCAGCGAGGAGGUGCGCCCGCGCGACCUGGAGGAGGAGGAGGUGGCUUCGUCGGCCGCCGCCGCCGCCUCCCAGCCUCCCCUGCUGCACGGCACGGCGUCCCGCCGACACACCCUCGCCGAGGUGUCCGCUCGCUUCCACCAGUGCAACCCACCCUGUAUCGUGGUCAGCCCCACCGACGCCGCCUCCUCCGACAGCUGCCUCAAGUCCUCGUCCAACCCCCACCCGGCCAUGUCCGCCCCGAUGGAGGGCCUGUCCACCCUGCUGAGCUCCUCCGGCAUGGGCCCCGGAGCGCUGGCCACCGCCGGAGGCCCCCUGGCCCUCUCCUCCAACCGCCUCCUGCAGGCCCAGGGCAGCCUACACGCCGCCAGCUUCCAGGAGGGCCGCCGGGCCUCCGACACCUCCCUCACCCAAGGCCUGAAGGCAUUCCGGCAGCAGCUGCGCAAGAACACGCGGACCAAAGGCCUGCUGGGGCUGAACAAGAUCAAGGGGCUGACGCGGCAGGUGUGCCCGCCGACCUCCUGCGCCCCCCGGGGCAGCCGCGGCUCCAUCGGCCCGACCAUGUGCGCCACCAGCGGCCGCAGCAUGCUGGAGGAGGUCCUGCACCAGCAGAGGAUGCUCCAGAUUCAGCACCAGAGCCAGCCGCAGGUGCCGUCCCAGCAGCCCUCGGUCGCCGCGGUGACCGCCCAGCAGCAGCCCGUCCUCUUCCUCUCCCAGUCCCAUCAGCACCAGCACCAGCACCAGCACCAGCACCAGCACCCGCACCCCCCCUCCCCUCCCCCCACCAACCUCUUCGCCCCGGCCGCGCUGUUCUCCGAGGCCCCGGUGCUGCUGCCCAUGUGCCAGCCCCAGCCCCAGGCCUCCCUCUGGCGCCAGCCCCUGGACUCCUGCUCUGCUACCUCCUCGCCCUCCUCCUCCCGCUCCUCCUCCACCUCCUCCACCUGCUCCUCCUCCUCCUCCUCUUCCUCGGAGGUCUCCCUGUCCCCCGUGGUCUCCACCGCCCACCUGCUGGAGGCCCACCUGCACAUCAGCCAGCACUCGCACCACCACCCCCUCCAGCCCCAGGGGGCUCUCACCCACCACCAGCACCUCCAGGCCCUGGCGCAGGCCCAGGGGCCCUUCUCCUUCUUCCCCCAGCAGAGCAGCUGGGGGCUGGGCAGCCGGGCCGCACAGAACCCCGAGGUCCAGGAGAUGGUCUGCAGUGGGCAGCAGCAGCAGCAGCAGCUCAGCAGCUGCGUGAUGGUGAAGUAAGGAAGGGCAGCAGUGACACACUGGACACCAUUUUGAAGCUCCGUCCGUAUAGGCGGAAGAGAAUAGAAGAAGCGCGAGAUGCUACGACGAGAGAGAUACAAGAGACGAGCCAGAUUUUCAUCACACUAGUUUUGCGCUCUCUCUCUCUCUCUCUC